UCGCCCGCCCGCCUCCCCAAUAAUCCGUCGCUUCAGGCAUUAUCUCAUCUCAAAAUCAAUUGACGCCGUCGACCCCGACGUCUAAGAAUAUUAUUUGAAAUCUUUUUGAAUCUAUCGCGAUUUCUAUAACCUCAAUUCGCGACCGUCCUUCACUCCAGAAAUCCAAACUCUUGUCGAACUCUACCCCAGAGUUGACGCGCCACAUCUGACAUGGGCCUGCCAUUAUUCGUAACGCCUGCUGAUAACGGGAUAUCGCCGAGGCCUGGCGACAAGGAAACUUCCAAUGAGCGAACUACCAUUCGGAGACAACGCCCCGCCCGUCGGGGGCGCACUAUCUCCAGCAGCGAGCGCCUGCGAGAGCACUGGGUCCGAAAUGGAGGCAGAUUCUCUUUCCAGGAGCCACCGAGCAUAACUUCGCAAAUGGAAGAAAGCGCUGCCGCUGCUUUAGAAGAAAGAAUCACCAGGACUACCAUGGAGGAGCGCCGCCGGCGCGCGCAAAUGCAGGGCGCACCCGUCGCGAUUCCUUCCCCUUGGGCCGACCGUUCCACGCCCCCUCUACCUUCAUCAACGACAGAGAACCCUGCCCCCCGCGUCAUGCCGCCGAAUCCUUGGGGCUGGAACUCGCAACCCGAUGGACCACUUCUUCCUCCAGCGCCAGAGUCUCCCCCUCUAUUCGCGGCCCGGGCAGCUUGGAGGAGUGCGCCAUCCAGAGGAUUUACCCAGCGAGUAGAUAUCCAACAGCUCUACAAUGAUCGUGCACACGCCCGCCGCGCAAGGAUUGCUAUUGCCGCCCGGAACCACCCUUCGAGAAGCAUAAGGCUGUCUGUUGCUGAGCAAAAUGCAUUUCUAGAAGCACAGAAUGAGUUGCUGAAUUCCCUGACGGAGGAACAAUUGAUGGCUUCGGAUGCUGACCCUUUGGGGACGCCGCCUCCUUGGAUGAACAGCUCAAUCCUAUCCCAGCUAAGAGAUGAACCAAGUGCAAGCGCAAAUGCCUUGCCGCCUUCAGAGAACAACUCUACAGAGAGGCGCCGGUUCCGUCUACCACGCGUCGAUGGCCUUGGCGACCGUGAGCGAAGCUUAAGCCCUGACGGAGACGGAGCAUGGGACACUUUGCUCACAACCAUCAGUCCCGAUCCCCAACCGCCAAGUGCAGGGUCGUCUUUUGCAUCGACGUCCGCCUCUGAAGCCGCCUCGUCGGUACCUACUUCCACGUCUUCCGCUACAUCAAUAGGACCACCGAUAGAAAUCGACUACGGUGCCUCGUUCGAGAACAUUUGCGAGUAUGUUGAAGCUAAUUCGCCAUCAUCGGAUCCAGACGAGGAGGAGCAGGAGAUGUUGGAUUUUUUUGAUGCCCGUGAAGCUGGAGAGCGAUUCUGGCGUGGCUACACAGAUGUUGUGGCAGCGCGAGCUGACCGAGUCGCUAGACACGCGAGUCAAGCUGAUGGGGAGAGUAUGGGAGGCAUGCAACGCAUUGUCCGGCGACUGGCUCGCAGACAGGACAUUCCAGAUGAGUGGUGGGCAGAAGUUGGGCUUAGCCGGACUAUUCCUCACGAGCUGGUCCAGUCAUGAUAAAAGCAGGAAAAGUCUCACUUUUGUUGAAAUAGGGGAAAGGGCGCAUCGCUGAUAUUCUCGCUUCUGGGGUGUCCAGGCCAUGGGCGGCGUUAGAGAGGAGGAAGUUCCAUUAUGGAGGCGAAGAUUUGAUAUCACGGUCAACAACGUAUGUAAUACACAUGUAAAGUAACUUGCUUUAACUGCAGAAAAGCACGAUAUCCACGGCGACCUCUCGUUAUUAUAAUAGCUUAGUUACUUCGCAGACCAGGGGAAGCUGGUACUUGCCUUGGUUGUACGAUAGCCGACAUCUUGCAUCAUUAAUUUUAAGCAGAUAGAAGGUUAUCAUAAAUGGAC